AUGACACUUGAGCAAUACAAAUGCCACAUUGCAAACAUCAGAGAAAUGUACAACUUCGAAAAUCUGGAAGCCGAAGCAAUCACGUGGUAUGAGAUCUGGUCAGCAAAGAUAGAACAGUUUGAUAAUGGAUUAUUAGAUUUGCUAAACCACACAGAUUUAUUUCCAUCAGUCCAGCAAGCAAUUCUUGUUGCUCUCACUUUACCAGUGACCACUUGUACAGUGGAAUGGUCAUUCAGCACUAUGAGAAGGGUGAAAACCUGGUUGAGGUUGACCAUGGCCGAUGAACGCUUAUCGGGUGUGUGCAUGAUGAGCAUACAUCGAGUAAAAAUUGAAGAAAACAAACAGCAGCUGAUUGGAAAAGUAAUUGAUACAUUCGCACAAGGCCACAGGCGUUUGCAGUACCUUUUUCAAGAUCACUAA